CCGUGAAAAGUGUCAGCCGUUCAGUUUGGUAAGAGCCCACUUUGCCGUCAAGAUGGGUGCUCUCAAAUAUAUCGAGGAGCUUCAGAAGCGCAAGCAGUCCGAUGUGAUGCGCUUCCUUCUUCGUGUCCGCUGCUGGGAGUACCGUCAGCGACAUGUUAUUCACCGAGCGUCCCGUCCAUCGCGCCCAGACAAGGCUCGCCGACUUGGAUACAAGGCUAAGCAGGGCUAUGUCAUCUAUCGCAUCCGCGUUCGCCGUGGUGGCCGCAAGCGACCUGCGCCAAAAGGUGCUACAUACGGCAAGCCGACCAACCAGGGUAUCAACCAGCUGAAAUACCAGCGCUCCCUUCGUGCCACCGCCGAGGAGCGUGUCGGCCGCCGUUGUGCCAACCUUCGCGUCCUCAACUCGUACUGGAUCAACCAGGACUCCACUUACAAGUACUACGAAGUCAUCCUUGUUGACCCACAGCACAAGGCUAUUCGUCGCGAUCCACGCAUUAACUGGAUCGUCAACCCAGUGCACAAGCAUCGCGAGGCUCGUGGGCUCACUUCUACUGGCAAGAAGUCCCGUGGUCUCAACAAAGGCCACCGCUACAACAAGACCCGCGGCGGCCGCAGAAAGGCCUGGAAGCGUCACAACACGCUCUCUCUCUGGCGCUACCGAUAAAUGCAUAUCGGGUGUGGAUGGGGUUGCUAGUGCAUCGGGGCUACUAUGGCGUGAUGGAAUUGUUCUUCUCGCGGGCAUAAAAUUUCUUGCCUGCCUCAUAGGCAGUUUCUAUAGCAUAAAUGACAUGAACAUGAGACGACGGGUUCUCACAGAAAUCAAAUUUGUCUCGGACUCCAGUCUCCUUUCAUAGCUUCUCAAAUGUAGGCUUCCGCUUUUGUAGCCCUGACAACAUGGCUCUCUCCACAUCCGAUGUUUGAAUCAUGCCAGCGUUCCAGAUGGCCGUAUACUUGAGACCGUCGUCGACGGGCCUGUCUCUGCUCCAGUUAAGAAGCUCUUUGGUGCCAUAAACAGCGACAGGUGACUUUGAGGCGAUCAAGCUGGCAAUCUCGAUUGCUU